GAUUUCUUCCCAAGAAACUGCCACCAAGACAGGACAGCAUCGCCAUCCAGCUAGGGAAGCGAUGAAGUUGAGCUGAAUGCAAAGGAGAAAGCUGGGCAGGCGCAGAGAGGCCUUGAGCUGUUCCCAGCUGUGCCUGCUCUGGGCCUCCUGGUCCUAAUUGAAGAGGAGGAGGCUGGGAUCUGUAACUCACUUCUGACCUGGCAUUAUUUGCAUGCCAAGCCUUGCCCCACCCUUCUUGAAAUCCUAAGAGAGAAGAAUGUGGCUCCACCUUCCUGUCAAUCUCUUGAUUAAAUAGGCACUUCCCUCCAGAAGGCUUCUGAAGUGUGGCACCUCCCACAGCUGCCUGAAGCUGCUCUCCCUCAUCAUGAAUGCUGGCCCUCAGCACCUGACCUUGACAGCAAGCCUGGGCCUUGGCUUCUUGCUCCUGCUUUCUCUCUGCCCGGUCCCAGGCCGAGCCAAGGAGUUGAAGUUUGUGACACUGACGUUUCGGCAUGGAGACCGGAGUCCCAUUGAUACCUUCCCUAACGACCCCAUUAAGGAGUCCUCCUGGCCCCAAGGAUUUGGCCAACUCACCCAGUGGGGCAUGGAACAGCAUUAUGAGCUUGGAAGUUAUGUAAGGAGAAGAUACGGAACAUUCUUGAACGAGUCCUAUAAACAUGACCAGGUUUAUGUUCGAAGUACAGAUGUUGACCGGACCUUAAUGAGUGCUAUGACAAACCUUGCAGCCCUGUUCCCCCCAGAGGGCAUCAGCAUCUGGAAUCCCAGCCUGCCCUGGCAGCCCAUCCCAGUGCACACCGUGUCUCUCUCUGAAGAUCGGUUGCUCUACCUGCCUUUUGCGGACUGCCCUCGUUUUCAAGAACUCAAGAGUGAGACUCUGCAAUCUGAAGAAUUCCAGAAGAGGCUCCAGCCGUAUAAAAGCUUCAUAGAAACCUUGCCGUCGCUGUCGGGAUUCCCCGGCCAGGAUCUUUUUGGAAUUUGGAGUAAGGUUUACGACCCUUUAUUUUGUGAGGGUGUUCACAAUUUAACCUUACCCUCCUGGGCCACCAAGGACACCAUGACUACAUUGAGGGAGUUAUCAGAACUAUCUCUGCUAUCCCUUUAUGGAAUUCACAAGCAGAAAGAGAAAUCUAGACUCCAAGGGGGUGUCCUGGUCAGUGAAAUCAUCAAGAACAUGAAGGCUGCAACUCAUUCGCCGAAGUACAGGAAACUUGUCAUGUAUUCUGCACACGACACUACUGUGUGUGGCCUGCAGAUGGCGCUAGAUGUUUAUAAUGGAAUACUACCUCCCUAUGCUUCCUGCCACAUAAUGGAAUUGUACAGCGAUGAGGGGGGCCACUUUGUAGAGAUGUACUAUAGGAAUGAGACCCAGCACGAGCCCUACCCACUCACACUGCCAGGCUGCACCCACAGCUGCCCUCUGGAGAAGUUUGUGGAGCUGUUGGACCCUGUGAUCCCCCAGGACUGGUCCACGGAGUGUAUGCGCACAAGCAAUCACCAAGUGCUGAGGGUCAUCCUUGCCAUCACGUUUUGCCUGGUAUCCAGUGUCCUAGUGAUACUUCUGUUUGUCCUCAUCCGCCAUGGGCCCUGCUGGCAGAGAGACGAGUAUCGAAACAUCUGAGCAGACCGUCACAGACCGCCAGUGGCAACGUCUCUCGGUGACGCAGCACCUGAAGGACGGUGGGCGUUGUCCUGCCCGCACCCUCCCUUUACAACCUGCCUAGACUUGGUGUGGGCUCACUGCCACGGGGAGAACGCAGAGUGGGCAGGUGAGCUAUGUCUUCUCACUGCCGAGCUGUGGUGUGGGCGGCUCCCUGGGCUAAGACGGGGCUCUUGUGCAAGGGAUGGCUCUGUUUUCUCACACAGAGGUCCUGAGGGAAAUACGAAGCCAAAUUCCAACCCACCUUGUGCCUACAAAGAGGACAGAGAGAGAAAGUGGGACAAAGACAUAGAUUAGACCACACUAGGUAAUCCAGAAUGUUAGACUAGUAGAGUGCCCACAGAAAAAUGACUUUAGUUAUUCAGUAAGCUUCUCUCUCUCCCUCUCUCUCUCUCUCUCUCUCUCUCUCUCUCUCUCUCUCUCU